AUGGUCCGUACCGCUCCGCCGUCCUCGGCCAAUAGUCCACGCACGACGCUCUCCAGCUCCAAGUUUCGCUACGAAGCCCUCUCGGCACAAGAGACCAAGUACCUCGAGUCGCUCGCAGAAACCAACGUCCGCCAGCUCUGCGACGCCCAACUGACCUUCUACGACGCCAAGCUUUGGCCGUGCGUGCGCGAGUCGCCAAGUCUUCGCCUCUUUCAAGGUCCACCUGCCAAUAACGACGCGGCGACGACACCGUUCCGGGCCUCGACCACGAUCCACGCCUCGUUCCAAGAGCUCAUCGCGCUCUUUACCAAGUCGACGGUCGAGCCAGGCCAGUUGCCGUUCAAGCAGCCCCACGACGGCGUCGUCGACAGCGCGAUCGUGCUCGAGAUUCCGUCAACGCUCGCGCACCGACGCAUCUUUGUGCGAUGGAUGGCCAUCGAGUGCCUGAAACCGCUGCGAAACCGUGACUUUUGCCUCCUCGAGGUCCACGACAAUGUGCUACUGCCGACGGGCGCCCGCGCGUUUGUCAUUUCCCAGCAUUCGAUCCGCCUUCACGAGGCGUGCCCCGACAUGGAAGGCUCGGUCGGCCUCGUCCGCGGCUCGAUGUACAACUCGGGGAUCGUGGUGACAGAAACAACGGUGCAAGGCGUCCUCGAAGUGCGUGCGAUCGUCGAUAUGGAUUUAAAGGGGCGCGUCCCAUCCUUUCUGCACACGCGCAUCGUGCGCCAGCGCGCGGCGCGCCUCCAAACGAUCCACCACUCGAUCCAAGUGUCGCGAGUCAAGGGCCGUCCCACCGAGGUCCAGCGCGAUAGCCGCAGUCACUGCGCCGGCUGCCACAAGAGCUUCGCAUCGUUCUUUCGGCAAUGGCACCGCAAGCACAACUGCGCCAUCUGCGGCGAGAUCUUUUGUCGCCACUGCACGCAGAGCUGCACGGCCGAGCCACAGAAGCGCGUCUGCAAUGCGUGCGUUGGCUCUAUGGUCGAGUACACACUUCGCAGUCCGUUUACAGAUCCAAGUGCAGAGUAUGAAGGCACGCCGUCACUCUUUGAAGAUGAUUUUGAGAGUACUAUCGUCGACCCCAAGCAGAACCGGCAGUACCACCCGUGCACGAUGCGGGAAAACCUCCUCCAACUGAUUGAGCCUCCGGUCUCGGAGCGCCGGCGCCGCCCCGCCUCGAUGAAGUCGCCAGACGUCACCCUCGAAGCACUGCGCAUGGAGUACGGAAGCACGCCGAGCGUCGAAGCGCGCACGGUUCUCUUCCCAGCAACGGCGACGACCUCUUCCUCUCGAUCCUCGACCACGAUUGAUGACAUGAACUUUUAA